AUGCACUGUCCUCGGCCUCCCUCACCUAUCGGCCAUCCACCACUCGCCUCCAUUUGUGGCGAAAAAAAAUUGCUCUUCUACCUGUCCCCAGCCCCACCUUGCCGCCUCACUUCCCCCCCCCCCCCCGCCUCUACCCGCCCUCCCGAACGCAAACCCUCACUUUUUCCCCAUCCUCUCCCCAAACGUCGGCCCCCACUGCUCCCCGUUCCCGCAUACGACUUGCACACUGGCAUCACUAUUGCGCUACAAGCAUUCGCCCUGUCUUUUGCAUGUUCGGAUACGACACCCUCCCACCCGGCGUCGCGAAACGUCCCUCCACUCAUCACGUCCUUACCGCCGGUUGAAACUCGUCCGCUAGCGCCCAAGCGCCCGAAACUAUCAACCAUUCUUUCUUCACUCCAAAUCCCGUCCCCCACUCCCCUUGCUGUCCCCAUCCUCGCCACAUAA